ACUUUUAAACUCCAAAAACAAUAGUUUGAAGUGGAAAGUACACAAAAGUCAGAAAUUUUCCAUACGAAAUCCAAACGUCUCUCUCUUCUCACCUGUCCUGUUUCUGCCCACCUUCAUAAUUAUCUCCCCUGUUUUUGUGAAAUUCCAAUUUUUGCAUUUGAUCUAAAAAAUUUGAGGGGAGUAACACAUUCAAAAAUUUUCAUUUAGGCGUAUCCAAUUCAGGUAAACGUCUCAACUUUGUAAUUUCUUUUCUGAGAUUUUCAGGUAUUGAUUUCUUUUGUUAAUGUCGAUCAUUUCUUGAAUCAUUGGGGUUUUCAAUUUUCUGAGUUUUUUUUAUUCAGGAUUUAGCUUGUUAAAAUCCUGGAAAUUGAGAACCAUUAACAAGAACAAAUAUUAUAGUUGUUUCAUGAUCUUUUGAUCGGUAAAAGAAUUCUCUUUGUAUCAAUUUUGAAACUUUCUCUGUCAAAUUUUAUGUGUUGGUAUACCUAAUUUGAUUGAUUUUGAUCAAACGCUAGAAACUUGAGGGUUUGGUUAUUCGAUCUUGAUCAAAUGAGUCUUAUUGACUGAUUCAAAGUUAGAAACUGUUGGAUUUGGAUUUGAUUGAUUUACCUCAAACCAUAGGAACUUUAGGGUUUGGAUUGAUUCAUUUUGGUCAAAAAAUAUAGUAAAAUUUUAGAUUCGCGUUGAUUAGUAAUGGAUAGAUAUGGUGCUUCACCUCCAUACCCUUAUGCUUAUCCACCUCCAACUCUGCCAUAUCCUCAACAACCAAGUCAGCCAUAUCCUCCACCUCGAAGUCAGCCAUAUCCUCCACCUUCAAGUCAACCAUAUCCUCCAUCACCAACUUCUGAGACAUACCCACCUCCUCCAAACCCACAUUCCCCAUACUCAUACCCGUAUGCUUCUCCUUAUCCAUACCCGUACUCGCAACCGGCUUAUCAAUAUCCGCCUCACCCAUAUCAUCAACCUAGUUACCCAACUCCCCCUCUUAGACAUUACUCAUAUUCUGGCCCUCUUCCUCAAGCUAGUCCACCUGCACCAAGUCUCCAACAUAGUAGUAGUUUUCAGUAUGGUUCAUCUCAUCAUCACUAUUCCGAUUCGUCUCCAUACCCGCCUCACAAUGUUCCGCAUGUUCUUCCGUCACGAAGUAAUAGCUUCAAUAGUAUUCAAGGACAUGAUGUUUUGGCUACUGAAUUUCCACCAAAUGGUGGAAAUGGAGUUGGUGGCAAGCCCUCUAAUUCUUUGGUAUAUCCACCCUUGGAUGACCUGAUGGCAGAUAUGCGAUUAUCUGAUAAUCGUCCAUCUGCCCCAGCCUCACCUCCUGCACCUUCUGUGCCUUCUGCUCCUUCUGCAGAUAAUUUAGCAUUGGCAUACUCACCAAGCUCUAGUGGAGAGUUUAGUCCUCAUGGCAGUUUUUAUGGAACACACUCUAGAAGACCUAGUUGGGAUAGUUGUUUUUCUUAUAUGGGAAGUUGUGGUGCUUCUCCAAACUCACCUUAUUAUGAGAGCGAAGGAAUGCAGGUUGUUCCUUACCAGAAAGGGUCCUUAAGAGUUUUGCUUUUGCAUGGAAACUUAGAUAUAUGGAUUUAUGAGGCUAAGAAUCUUCCAAACAUGGACAUGUUCCAUAAAACAUUGGGUGAUAUGUUUGGUAGAUUGCCAGUUGGUGUGAGCAAAAUUGAGGGACAGUUGUCGCGCAAGAUCACUAGUGAUCCUUAUGUGUCAAUAUCAAUCUCCAAUUCUGUGAUUGGUCGAACUUAUGUCAUUAGUAACGAAGAAAAUCCUGUGUGGAUGCAACACUUUAAUGUUCCAGUGGCACAUCAUGCUGCUGAAGUGCACUUAUUGGUGAAGGACAGUGAUGUUGUAGGCUCUCAAUUAAUUGGAAAUGUAUCAAUUCCCGUGGAACAGAUAUAUUUGGGGGCGAAGGUUGAAGGCACUUAUCCUAUUCUUAAUGGAAGUGGGAAGCAAUGUAAGGCUGGAGCUGUCUUGAGCUUUUCAAUUCAAUAUACACCCAUCAAGAAUCUAAGCAUUUAUCACAAUGGAGUUGGUGCUGGCCCUGAUUAUCAAGGGAUUCCUGGCACAUAUUUUCCACUUAGGAAAGGAGGAACACUUAAGCUUUAUCAGGAUGCUCACGUACCUGAUGGGUUCCUACCUGAGUUUAUGCUGGAUAAUGGAAUGAAAUAUGUGCAUGGAAAGUGUUGGCAAGACAUUUUUGAUGCGAUACGACAAGCAAAAAAGUUAGUAUAUAUCACUGGAUGGUCAGUUUGGCAUAAAGUUAGACUAGUUCGUGAUAGUGUUAAUCAUGCAGCAGACUGCAGCCUGGGAGAGCUUCUUAGGUCCAAGUCAGCUGAAGGAGUCAGGGUUUUGCUUCUUGUGUGGGAUGACCCUACUUCAAGAAGCAUAUUGGGCUAUAAAACGGAUGGAAUUAUGGCAACCCAUGACGAGGAGACCCGUCGUUUUUUCAAGCACUCUUCUGUGCAGGUGCUUCUUUGUCCUCGCAUUGGUGGAAAAAGACACAGCUGGGUUAAACAAAAAGAAGUUUCAACUAUUUAUACCCAUCAUCAAAAAACUGUGAUAGUGGAUGCUGAUGCUGGCAACAAUAGAAGAAAAAUUGUUGCUUUUGUUGGUGGGCUUGACUUGUGUGAUGGUCGAUAUGAUACUCCAGGUCAUCCUCUAUUUAGAUCCCUGCAGACGACUCACAAAGAUGACUAUCACAACCCUUGCUUCCAAGGAAAUACUACAGGCUGCCCAAGAGAACCCUGGCAUGAUUUGCAUUGUAAAAUAGAUGGACCAGCUGCAUAUGAUGUUCUUACAAAUUUCCAGGAACGAUGGUUAAGGGCUGCUAAGCCACAUGGGAUUAAAAAGUUGAAAAUGUCUAAUGAUUCUUUGCUGAUGAUUGAACGGUUGCCCGAAAUUGUUGGUAUAUCUGAUGUUCCUUGCCUUAGUGAGGAUGAUCCAGAAUCUUGGCAUGUGCAGGUUUUCCGGUCCAUAGAUUCCAGUUCUGUGAAAGGUUUUCCGAAGAAUCCGAAGGAAGCGACAAGCAAGAAUUUGGUUUGUGGAAAGAAUGUAUUGAUUGACAUGAGCAUACAUACAGCAUAUGUGAAGGCUAUUCGAUCUGCCCAACACUAUAUUUACAUAGAGAAUCAGUACUUCAUUGGUUCUUCAUAUAAUUGGAGUGCACACAAUGACUUAGGUGCUGAUAAUUUGAUUCCCAUGGAAAUUGCUCUCAAAAUAGCGGAAAAAAUCAAAGCUCAUGAGAGAUUUGCUGCGUAUAUUGUUCUCCCAAUGUGGCCAGAAGGUAUUCCUACAGGUGCUGCUACUCAAAGGAUUCUUUUUUGGCAGAACAAAACAAUGCAAAUGAUGUAUGAAACCAUUUACAAGGCUCUAGUAGAGGUUGGGCUUGAGGAAGCUUAUACACCUCAAGAUUACUUGAACUUCUUUUGCCUUGGCAAUCGUGAAGGUCCAGAUGGCAGUUUUGAUGCAGCUGGGAGUCUUCACCCGCCAAACAGUCCACAGGCUCUGUGUCAAAAGAGCAGGAGGUUCAUGAUUUAUGUCCAUUCGAAAGGCAUGAUAGUUGAUGAUGAGUAUGUGAUAUUGGGUUCUGCAAACAUUAACCAACGGUCAAUGGAGGGAACUAGGGACACUGAGAUUGCAAUGGGAGCCUAUCAACCUCAUUACACCUGGGCCAAAAAAUCAGCUCAUCCUUACGGACAGAUAUAUGGUUACAGAAUGUCUCUUUGGGCAGAGCAUUUGGGACUGAUUGAUGAUAGCUUUAAUGAACCUGAAACUGUGGAGUGUGUAAGAAAAGUGCGAAGAUUUGGAGAAAUGAACUGGAAACAAUUUGCUGCUCCAGAAGUCUCGGAAAUGAGGGCCCACCUCCUCAAAUACCCUGUUGAAGUUGAUCGGAGGGGUAAGGUGAGACCCCUUCCAGGAUGCGAAAAUUUUCCUGAUCUCGGAGGAAACAUAUGUGGCUCAUUUCUCGCAAUUCAAGAGAAUCUAACCAUCUGAUUUCUGAUCAGCCUUAUCCCCUACCAGGCUACCACCACGCCUCCGACUCUGCUGUCAAGAGAUGCUGUAAAUAUUUUACUAAACGGAAUUUUGUAAUUGACUAGAGCUCAUUGUUGACACAUUUAUAUCUAUUCCUGAGGGGUGUAAUCAAAUAUGCUAAAUUUUUUUUUGGAUAGUUUUAACUACCUAAUCUUCUCUGUACAUGAGUUGAUAAAUAACUAUUUAAUGUGUCCCUUUAAAUUUGCUAUUUUAAGUGAUAUUUUUCCUCACAAAAUGUCAUUUUCAGUACCAAAUUUAAAGAGAACAAAGAGUAUAUACUUAAUAAUUAUAGCCUUAUAGCCUAUAGGUCCUGAGCGCACUUGUAAUUGUAUUAUUUGAAAUCAGCCAUGAAGCAAUUCUUUUUCUCCCAUCAAUAUAUAUACGCAGCUUAGUGGCUCAAGUAUGUUGUAUAUUUGUAUAGCAGCAAAACUUACUCUUAUUUCUGUGUCGUACUCACCUUU